AUGAAAGUGUGUUUUCUGUUCUUCCUCAUUUGUUUUGUCCACGCUUACCUUCAAAUCCAAAACUCAACCAAUCAAACUCAAAUAAAAAAGAAGAGUAAUCACCAAGGACGUUUCUUAUUGAAAAAUAUAAAUGAAGCACGAAGGAUUCUAGCAUCUGGCCUACUCAAUAACGUAAAAGACUUGCUUGGGCUAGAUUUGCCAAGUCUCGGUCCAGCUGGAAACAUGUAUAGAAUGAAAUGGAGUCGUCAUCUGGAGGAAAUGGCUGAAAAAAAUCUGGCGGAGUUGGAUUUGACUUCCGAAUCCGGAUUGUACGGAAACAAGAAUAUUGAAGGAUACAGAGGAUUCUAUUGGCUGUACGAUAUCAGUGAUGUUGUUGAUAAGUUUUUGAAGAAACACCAUAUUGCCGAUAUUCCGGACGGCAUCAAAAAGAUAUUAAGUGGAUUUAAAACUGCUCUACAAGCAUUGAUAUUCAUAAUUUGGGGAUUCUCUCAAUUCCUUAACAUGUCUGGAAAAUUUCCCGAUAUAACAUUUAAUAUCGAAGAUAAUUCGGGUCCGCUCGAUGUAUUCUUCGCUGAUCGUUAUGAGUUUGGAUGCGCGUUCAAUGAAUAUGCGAUAUGUUUUGUGAGAGAUGGACAGAGAAAAUUGCUCUACAAGAAAGGAGUUCCAUGUACUCAGUGUCCAACGUUUUGUGAAUUCAUUGAGAAUAUAGAUGGAACGAUUGAUGAAGGAGAUAUGUGUGUUCCACCGACUACUUCCAAAUUGGCUCCUGCUCCAAUGCCUGAAUUCGAAUUUGACUCCUCUUCACAAUUAAAUGUGCUCUUGGUUUUUAUGAUUAUGACUGCUUUUCUGUUCAGAUAUCGUUGA